AUGUCGACCGCGACCCCCGCCACCGCGGCGACCAAGGAUGAGUCGCAGCCCGUCAAGAAGGGAGGCCCUACGGUCCUGCGUUCCAUUAUCGCUGGAUCCACGGCCGGCGCCCUGGAGAUCGCCAUCACGUACCCUGCCGAGUUUGCCAAGACCAGGUCACAAUUGAACCGUCAAUUGGCCGACGGCAAGAAGCUGCCCUGGCCGCCUUUCGGAGCACAGUGGUACGCGGGAUGCACCACGCUGAUUAUCGGCAACUCUCUCAAGGCUGGAAUCCGAUUCGUUGCGUUCGACCAGUACAAGAGCCUCCUCGCCGAUGCGGACGGCAAGAUCUCGGGCCCCAAGACGGUCAUUGCCGGUUUCGGCGCAGGUGUUACCGAGUCGGCGCUCGCCGUGACGCCGUUUGAGAGUAUCAAGACGACGCUCAUCGACGACAGGAAGUCUCCCAAACCCCGAAUGCGCGGUUUCCUGCACGCCGUCCCCAUCAUCGCCCGCGAGCGCGGCAUCCGCGGUUUCUUCCAGGGCUUCGUGCCGACGACGGCGCGUCAGGCUGCCAACAGUGCCACCCGUUUCGGCGCCUACAACAUGCUCAAGCAGCUCGCCGAGUCGUACACAGCCCCCGGCGAGAAGCUGGGCGCCGUCGGCACCUUUGCGAUGGGCGGCAUCGCGGGUGUAAUUACGGUCUACGUCACACAGCCACUCGACACGAUCAAGACGCGAAUGCAAAGUAUCCAGGCGCGAACGCAAUACGGCAACUCGUUCCGUUGCGCCGGCAUGAUCUUCAAGCAGGAGGGCCUGUUGACCUUCUGGAGCGGUGCGCUGCCGCGUCUGGCCCGUCUGAUUGUCAGCGGCGGUCUGGUGUUCACCAUGUACGAGAAGAGCAUGGACUUCAUGGAGAAGGUUGACCCUGAGGGACGAUACCUCUGA